GGAAAAAGUUGGAACUAAUUUGCAAGUGAAUUUGAAUUUUAAAUAAAAAUAAAGGUCCAGGAAUUGUGAAAUGUCUGUAGAUAAAACUACAAACGACGCAAAGCAUUUCGGUGAUGUCACUAGCAUGUGCUAUUACAAUGAACAUCUGUUCAGUGCUGGAAGUGACGCAAAAAUUAAAAUUUGGAAUAAAGAUUUAACCUUUGUGAAUGAGAUUAAUAUUCAUGAAGCUCACAUUUACUGUAUUAUCACUGAUAAAACUGGAAGACUAUAUUCAUCGAGUUGCGAUGGCACAAUCAAGUCGAUUGAACAACCACUUACAUCAAGUAGAUUCACAGUAGUUUUGCAACAUGAAAAUGAGAUUGAAGCACUCUUUGCUGAUGAUGAUUUGACUUUUUAUUGUGGUGACGACAAAGGAGGAAUAACAAUUUUCAAAGAUGGCAAAUUUCAAUUCAUGAUGAAUAUUGUAGAGCAUGUGAAAGGUCUUUUUGUUGAAAAAGGCUUCGUGUAUACACUAGCUUUAAUGGACUUAAGCAUUCACGAGAUUCGAAGUCAAAAAUACAUCAUGAAGGGUAGCGUGCCAGGGAAAUUUCCAGUAACAUUAUUCGGUGAGAAAAUUGAUGGACGAUCGAAAUACAUCGCCAUAGCAACACGCGAUGGCUUAGGAAUAGCAAUAAUUUGCAACAAAACCUUUAAAAUUAUCGAAACUAAAGAGCAUGCUCAUGACAUGAUUAUAAAUUAUAUGAAAGGAUUUGGUGACAUUCUAUUUUCAUGCGAUUAUGCUGGAAAAGUUGUUAAAUACGAAAUGAUGGACGGAAAAUUAAUAGAAAUAGCUUCAGUAAGCACAGGUUCCGGAUGUGCAAAUUGUAUUGAAGUUGUUGAUGAUAAAAUAGUGUACGUUGGAAGUAACGAUGGAACUGUCAAAAGAAUUAAUUUUAAUUAAAAAUGUAAAAGCUGAUGAGAUAAAGUUUUUAUAAUGCUAAGUUUAAAUGCCUUCAAGUUAUUUCCUCCUUACCUUCUUUCAUCAUUGUACCCAACUAAUCUCUUUCCAUUCUCUAUAAAAUAUUCAUGAUGAUAGUGACGACGAAAGUUACGAAAAGCUCGU